GCUCCGGAGACCUGUUGAUCGCAGGUGUCGCCGCCCGACCGGCCCCUGGGCACCGGCGGUGCGCGCAUGCUCCGCGCGGGCCGGGCUGGGCGGCUGACGGCCGCCUCUGCCCCAGUCUCCGCGCGGGUCGGAGGCCGCGGGGUGAGGCUGAGCGGGUCGGCGCAGUCGGAGGCAGGUGUCUUCCUACCUGUGUCGCAGGCGCCCGCGCUGGGAGCCGGACUGGGACUUUCAGAAAGAAAAUAAAUGCUUGAAAUCACAUUGCGGUUCUGUGCAGAGUCCCACGUCAGUGUGUGAGGGCACCAGGAAACCUCUCAAGUCACGUUCUCAGAUGUCAGCCUGACGAGCAGAUUGCUUUGAGGUCACCCUGAUACCGGAUAUGGAGUUGCCUUUGAUGGCUUCACCUGGGACAGAGAAAAACGACUUUCUUAUUAGAAAAGCAUAAGGAAAACAGAUGACCAGAGGAGUUGCACAGAUGCCAGCUCCACGCUGUCUCCUUCUAUGUAUUUUUUUUAACUCAUCAAGACAAAUGACUUACACGUUAAAGAAAAUGAUUCAUCAUAUUAUUUUUAGCAGUUAAAUUAUUUUUCAUUGAUGUGUACAGCUGUCCUAUGAAAUUGAACACGUAUAAGAAUCUGUAAAGCCUUGUUUAAAUACUUCUUUUUUGCACUCAGAACUUCAUUAUCAAUUUUACUUAUCAAAGUCCUCAAAACUUUAUAACAUUAGGAUAGCUGUGGACUUGGAAAUGCGCAUUCCUACCACAGGCUACAGUGAAAAUGAAUGGACAACUCAAGGCAUCACCCAUCUUGUCAUCCUAAAUACCACGUUUUAUGGCAGUUAGAUAUAUUUCGACGAAGCUUGCGAGUUCUGACUGGCCAUGUUUGUCAAGGAGAUGCCUGUAUAUUUUGUGCACUGAAGACAAUAUUUGCACAGUUUCAACACAGUCGAGAAAAAGCACUUCCCUCAGAUAACAUAAGGCAUGCUCUCGCAGAAAGCUUCAAAGAUGAACAGAGAUUUCAACUUGGCCUUAUGGAUGAUGCUGCCGAGUGCUUUGAGAACAUUCUGGAGAGGAUUCAUUUUCACCUGGUGCCAAGCAGCGACACAGACAUGUGUACCUCUAAGUCAUGCAUCACUCAUCAGAAGUUUGCUAUGACUCUGUAUGAACAGUGCGUGUGCUGCAGCUGCGGAGCGUCUUCAGAUCCUCUGCCUUUCACGGAAUUUGUACGGUACAUUUCUACAACAGCCCUGUGCAAUGAAGUUGAAAGAAUGAUGGAAAGGCAUGAGCGAUUUAAGCCAGAGAUGUUUGCUGAACUACUGCAAGCCGCACACACAACGGAUGACUAUAGGAAGUGUCCUAGUAACUGUGGCCAAAAAAUAAAAAUUCGCCGUGUUUUAAUGAAUUGCCCAGAGAUUGUUACAAUUGGUUUAGUCUGGGAUUCUGAGCACUCUGACUUAACUGAAGAUGUUGUUCGAAAUUUAGCCACACAUCUUUACCUGCCUGGGCUUUUUUAUAGGGUUACUGAUGAAAAUGCCAAAGAUAGUGAACUUCACCUUGUUGGUAUGAUCUGCUACACCAGCCGACACUAUUGUGCCUUUGCUUUUCACACCAAGAGUUCUAAGUGGGUAUUUUUUGAUGAUGCACAUGUGAAAGAGGUUGGAAGUAGGUGGAAAGAUGUGGUCUCCAAGUGCAUCCGAUGCCACUUUCAGCCACUGCUCCUGUUCUACGCAAAUCCAGAUGGCACAGCAGUCUCCACUGAGGAUGCACUCAGGCAGGUUGUCAGCUGGUCGCAUUACAAGUCAGUUCCAGAAAAUAAGGGAUGUGGAAAGCCUGUAAUUUAUAAGUCAGAAAAUUCAAAGGAAAAUGGAUUUAGUGGUCAGGCAAAACAGAGAGAAAAUCAGAAACUUCAAACUGACAUUUCAUCAUUUAAUCGGAGUCAAAUUCAGACAAGUGGAGGGAGAGGACCAGUUAAGUUAAGCCACAAUGAUCAAAGAGAAAAGAUAAAAGAUAUUUCCAGAGAAUGUGCUCUGAAAGCCAUUGAACAGAAAAACCUACUUUUUUCCCAACGGAAAGAUUUAGAAAAGGGACAGAGGAAAGAUGCAGUCCGACACAGAGAUUUGGUUGAUGAAGACCUCUCACAUUUCAAGUCUGGAUCAGCUCCUGCCCCUAAUGGCUUUAAACAAGGGAACCCACAUCUCUACCACAGCCAAGGCAAAGGACCCUGUAAACAUGACCGAGCUGCCCAUGAGAGUCGAGCGUCUGGACAAAUAAGUUCAAGCAAAUCACAGACUCAUGUUCCAGGGGAGAAAUCAGCAGGCAAAGUUAGGAGUGACAGUGCCACUGGGUACGAUACUGACAGCAGCCAAGACUCAAGGGACAAAGGAAGCAACCACAGCAACAGAACUAAGAGUCGGAACCGCGGCUGGAGACCCAUGAGAGAAACACUGAAUGUCGACAGUGUUUUUAGUGAAAGUGAAAAGAAGCAGCAUAGUCCAAGGCUUAAGUCGGAUGGCAUUCCCAAACCUAAGUAUAGCAGAGAUCAGAGUGUCAAUAACUGGCCAAAAGAGAAUUCAAAACCAAAAGGGUUGGUGACCAUCUAUGAGGAUGAAGUGAAACAGGAGGCGGGAAGUAGAAGUUCCCUUGAAUCUAGCGGAAAAGGAGCAGAGAGCAAUUCAGGCCUCACAGAGGGUAAAGCUCGUGGUAGCAACUGGCAGAUGCAAAGGACGGAGUCUGGGUAUGAAAGCAGUGAUCAUGUCAGUAAUGAAUCAGCUAAUUUGGAUUCGCCUGUUACUGAUGGAAAUGGGACAGAAAUGGCUACCAGUGCUGUCAAAGAAGCAGCCUUCGGUGAGCAGAUUAAGAUGAGCAUCCUAAAUACAGAUUGUGUGGACUGCGUGCCUCAGCAGAGCAAAAACCAAUUGGAAGGCUUUAAAAAAGAACUUCAGGACUUGGAAACCAGCUAUACAUUUCAUGACCUCCACCCAGAAUCACAUCUACAAAUAAGAAGUCAUUUGAUAAAAAGGUCGCAUAUUCGUGAAACCAAUAACAAGCUAUUUCCUUCAGCCAGUCCACAAACAGUUAAGGACCAUACUGCGAGAGAGCAUGUCCACCCGUCAAAUGAACUGAAAGCAGAAAAACCAAAUGGUUGCAAGUCUUCAGAAUGUAGUAUAGAAAAUUCUGAAAGAACGGGCUUGCCUUCUCAAGAUGAUAGUAUUUCGAUGUCCGGGAAGAGAUUCAACAGUAAUGAAGCAGUCUCGUCAUCUUCAUUGCAUUCGCACAUCAGGACUGUUGUGUUAAAGCCAGAACGUAGACCCCUCAUCCCACAGCAGAAUGCCACAAAACAGUGUUCAGAGAGAACUUUAUCCAGAGAACACGUAACUCAGUCAAUCUGCAGACCUGAUGGUUGUCAGAUGCCAGAACUUCUUUGCCACAAUUCACCACCCCCUUUGCCACCAAAGAAAUAUGCUCUGACCAGUGUGCCACAGUCAGAGAAAGCUGAAUUUAUAUCUGAUACCAGACUUACAGAUAUAUUUAAAGCUAAUUCCUCCAGUCUUCCAAAGAACGAUGUAAGUACAGUUUCAGAACCAGCUUCAGAAGUGAUUGCAUACAUGAACAAUGAAAGAUGUAAAGAAACUGUUCAAGGGAAGCUGCAUCCUGACCACUCGUCAGACCUCCUGUACAAUUCGCUGACUCUUGAUUUUCAGGCACACUCAGAUACAGCUGUUGAUGUAUUUUGCCAACCAAAUCAAGACUCUACUUCUGUGUCUUCAAAUGAGACCGUUUCAUUAACGACCUAUUUUUCAGUUGAUAGUUGCAUGACUGAUACAUACAGAUUGAAAUACCAUCAGAGACCCAAGCUCUGUUCCUUUCCAGAGGGUGAGGGCAGUGGCUACUGUAAUGAUAAUUCACCCUCUCAGACUGAAGGAGUAGAGGGACCUUUGUUGCAUAAUAGUCCACCUGGUUCAAGCUGCCCUUCUGAACAGAGAUACAAACCUAACGUACAUUACAAUAGAUAAAUGGUGAAAUCAGCAAGCCCGUUCUCACAAGUCAUUAAAAUAUAGCAGCUGACCAAAUCACAUAAAAUUAAAACUGGGGUUUUUGUUUUUUGAGACAGGGUCUCCCCAUGUAGCCCUGGCCUGGAAUCUGCUGUGUAGACAAGCCUGGCCUCAGCUCACGGAGAUCUGCCUGCCUUGCUUCUCUGCCUCCCAAACGCCGGAGUUAAAAGCAUGCACCAUGUCCAGCAAACUGGCUUUUUAAAAAAUUAGUCAUGUUAACUUUUUAUUAUUUUACUUUACAAUAAUCAACUUACUAAAUAUUAGUCUUG